AUGGCAACCUGUGCUAGAAGCCCCAAUGAGAAAAAACUGGGAGGGAAGACCAACACCCCACAUUUCCUGUUCCAGCUGGCUGCAGCCUUAGAAAAUCCCACCAUCAAGUCACUGGAGUGGCAUGAAGAUGGCAAGGGCAUUAACCUCCAUGCCAAGCUGUACGAGGAAGAAGUCCAGCAACACCAAGAUUUGUUUCCUGAGCUCAAGAACCUGAAAUCUGCUCCAGUUUUGCAAGCUUGGCUGGCGAAUUAUGGCUUCAAGGCAAGGAUGACCAAAACUGAUUCUGACAUGCUCACUUUUCAGCAUGCAGACUUCAAGAAGUUGUCUCCGAGGGCAGAGGAGGCUGAAAGCGCCAAAAUGGAAGCUUCUCUUCUCCUGAAGCAGCCCAAGAAAUCUAAGAAAAGAAAGUCCACUCAAGAGACCGCCCCAGUCCCACCUGCCUCCCCGGCGACUUCUCUGCCCCCAGAAUCUGCAACUACGGAGAAAAAACCCCAGCGUUUGCGUCCUUUAUAUCAAUACAUUAACUACGACAACCCAGAAAUGAAUAGACCAUUGGACAAGGAAUAUGAUCUGCCCCCAAUGGAGGCUCCUCCUACCCAAGAAAACAAGACAGGCACCAUAGAACUGAGAACAACUCCAUCAAUAGAAGAGAAAGGCAGGGAACUGCGGAGUCUACCGAGUGCCACUUCUGGAGCUGCGGUGAAAACAGAGGUGGAUAAGUCGACUCAAGUGGACAUUGAUAAGAUGCUCAGCGUCUGUGCAGCUCACCUAGUCCCACCCCUGUCACCGCAGAACAAAUAAUCGUAUCUGAUAGGAGGCCAAGCUCGUCGCUCAACGGUGCUUUUAUUCCAGAAACUGGAAGGUGCUCCUUGAAGGUCAUCUGAGGAGCAUCAAAUUCUUGUAAGUUUUGUUCAUUAUAGUCAGGGUCAAAAAGUGUAAGUAUUUGUCUUGUUCCUUGCUGUAAAAUAAGAGGAAAAAAUGGAGGCAGUCUAAACAGGAGUGGAAUUGCUCCUGUCUAAAUACGGUAAAUUAGUGCCAAAAUGAGUAUAAAAAAAAAAUACAGAAAAGUGUGUUCAUCAUCAUCUCGAUCCUCCUCGAGCCCUUAGGACAUUUCUGAGUAAUUACACAAUGACCAAGUUGUACAUGGGUUUUCUCCCACAUUUUAUUCCCAUAGCAAUCUCUCUUAUGAGUUAGUUGGUCCAAGCAAGGAUAGUAAAUAAUUUGUACCUGCUUCUUAUGGAUGACACAACCUUAAUUUCUAUACGUUUUUAAUAGCAUCUGGGAAGGACUUUGUCCAUCCAUCCUAGCUUCGGGGUCUUCCAAAACAUUUGGCUAACAUUUCCAGAACAUCAAUAGAUGUUCUUACGUAUCUUUUGCAGGUUCAAGUGCAUACCAUUUAUACUCUACUACUCCUUACAAAGUAAAGAGAUUCACAUACAAAAUGUAUGUCACAAGGUCCCUGUGCUGAACAAGAAAUCCCAGAGAACAGAAAUGAUAUUUUUAGCUUUGAAUCCUGAUGUGAACUUACAGAGGGAAUUAAGGAAGAAAAGGAUACUCUAAUUCACUGAAAAUAAACAAGGAAACAAGACUUAAGAGAUGGGGUGGUGGACUACAUUGUCCUUUGACA